CUUGAACGCUUCCGUGUGACUCUUCAGCUCUUCCUGUGUGCAGGAAUAACCGGGUUCAGCAUGUUGCUCAUCAGUAACAGGGUUAGAUUGUGUUCGCUGGCGUUCACCGCGGCGCGCAUGUACGCCACCGGAGCUCAAGCCAACAGCAACCCGGUGGUGUUCUUCGACAUCGCGGCGGACAACGAGCCGCUCGGUAGAGUCACCUUCGAACUGAAUGCGGAUGUUGUGCCCAAAACAGCAGAGAACUUCCGAGCUCUGUGCACCGGUGAACAUGGAUUCGGAUACAAAGGCUCGAUCUUCCACCGAGUGAUCCCACAGUUCAUGUGUCAGGGAGGAGAUUUUACAAACCACAAUGGAACCGGAGGAAAGUCCGUCUACGGUCCCAGAUUUCCAGAUGAGAAUUUCAGACUGAAACAUAGCGGACCAGGGAUUCUGUCGAUGGCUAACGCCGGACCCAACACCAACGGAUCACAGUUCUUCAUAUGCACCGUCAAAACAGAGUGGCUGGACGGGCGGCACGUGGUGUUCGGCAGCGUUAAAGACGGGAUGGAUGUGGUGAGGAAGGUGGAGGCGCUCGGCUCUCGCUCGGGAAGAACCGCGAAGAGAAUCAGCGUCACCGACUGUGGAGAGCUCAAGUAGAUUCACAAGUCGACUCAUUUCACACGCUUCUGUCCUGCUGCAGAGUCAAGACUACUCCAUGUUCAAAAGCUCCUUAAUGUGAAACUCAAGACACUUUCGGGUUAAAGGAAUAGGGUUUAUUUACUCGGUCUCGUGUCUUCGCAAAACUGUGUGACGUUAAAAAUCCAUGCAACACAAAUGGUGCGCUUUUUUUCAUGUAGCAACAAUUUAAAGUGACCAAAAAGGCUUUUGCAUGAAAAGCACUUGUGCAUUAUAUUUAGAGUCGUCUGAAAGUCAUGCACUUUUAAAGUCAUGGUCUUGUGCAGAGAAACCGAUUAUUCUUUUGUGCGCCAAGAAAAAAAAAACACAUCUUACGGGUUUGAAAUGACAUGAGAACGAGUAAAUACUGUCAUUUUUACAUGCAUUAUUCCUUUACAGUAACAUCCACUGUGAAUAAAUGUAAUUUUGAACAUAUUUCUCAGGUAAAACCAUGUUUAUUCUUGACUGACUGCAUGAGAUUUUGUAUUAUGGCCAGUGUGCUUCAGUAUUCGUCUGCUGAGUUUGAGUAAUAAAGCCAAGAGCAAUAAGAUAUGA